AACGGUUGCGACCUGCUGUGUUGAAGAAAAGGCUAACGAAUCAACAUCUGACAAGUUUGAACUCAGACUCGAAGGUUUUAAACGAGGAGAUGGCGUCGAAUGGUAAGAAUACAUUGGACAAGACAACGUUAUAUCUGAAAUGGCCAUUAAAAACAAGACGCUAGCUAACGUCAGAUGAAAAGUAGCUAGCUUGCAAGCUAACGUCAGUCAGCUAACUGUGUAACGUUAUAUACAUAUUUUGUUUUAGAUAGCUAGCUAGCAAAGGAAACAUUUUAAAAUGUACAAUUGUUGGCAAGUUAACUUGUCAAGUCAAACAAAAGUUAGCUAGCCAAAGCAAAGACUGCUAGAUAGUUAGAUUUUCGACAACCAACCAUUUUGUUUAGCUAGCGUUACAACAACCAACUGAACCAAGCAAAGAGACCGAUCUGUGCUACCUACUGACCUAGUUUUGUAGAGGUCAUUUUAUUAACUUGGUCGCUUAUCUAACAUAUUCUGAAUGGUCGGAAUACGAUUACUUUUAGGCAGGGGUGAAAGUAGAUUUAAUUUGUUAUCGGUACGGGACACAAAGUGCGCGCACGCAUUUUGUUGUAUAGCCUAGGGGUGUAAUCAUAGACUUACAUAUAGAAGCCCUAUUCAUUUCAUACAGUGCAUUCGGAAAGUAUUCAGACCCCUUGACUUUUCCACAUUUUGUUACGUUACAGCCUUAUUCUAAAAUUGAUUAAAUAGUUUCUGCCCCUCAAUCUACACACAAUACCCCAUAAUGCAAAUCACAUUUACAUAAGUAUUCAGACCCUUUACUCAGUACUUUGUUGAAGCACCUUUGGCAGCGAUUACAGCCUCGAGUCUUCUUGGGUAUGAGGUUACAAGCUUGGCACACCUGUAUUUGAGGAGUUUCUCCCAUUCUUCUCUGCAGAUCCGCUCUGUCAGGUUGGAUGGGGAGCGUCGCGGCACAGCUAUUUUCAGGUAUCUCCAGAGAUGUUAGAUCAUGUUCAAGUCUGGGCUCUGGCUGGGCCACUCAAGGACAAUUAGUCCCGAAGCCACUCCUGCGUUGUCAUGGCUGUGUGCUUAGGGUCGUUGUCCUGUUGGAAGGUGAACCUUCGCCCCAGUCCGAGGUCCUGAGCACUCUGGAGCAGGUUUUCAUCAAGCAUCUCUCUGUACUUUGCUCCGUUCAUCUUUCCUUCGAUUCUGACUAGUCUCUCAGUCCCUGCCACUAAAAAACAUCCCUACAGCAUGAUGCUGCACCACCAUGCUUCACCGUAGGGAUGGUGCCAGGUUUCCUCCAGACGUGAUGCUUGGCAUUCAGGCCAAAGAGUUCAAUCUUGGUUGCAUCAGACCAGAGAAUCGUGUUUCUCAUGGUCUGAGAGUCCUUUAGGUGCCUUUUGGAAAACUCCAAGCGGGCUGUCAUGUGCCUUUUACUGAGGAGUGGCUUCUGUCUGGCCACUCUACCAUAAAGGCUUGAUUGGUGGAGUGCUGCAGAGAUGGUUGUCCUUCUGGAAGGUUCUCCCAUCUCCACAGAGGAACUCUGGAGCUCUGUCAGAGUGACCAUCAGGUUCUUGGUCACCUCCUUUACCAAGGCCCUUCUCCCCCGAUUGCUCAGUUUGGCCGGGCGGCCAGCUCUAGGAAGAGUCUUGGUGGUUCCAAACUUCUUCCAUUUAAGAAUGAUGGAAGCCACUGUGUUGGGGACCUUCAAUGCUGCAGAAAUGUUUUGGUACCCUUCCCCAGAUCUGUGCCUCGACACAAUCCUAUCUCGGCGCUCUACGGACAAUUCCUUGGACCUCAUGGCUUGGUUUUUGCUCUGACAUGUACUGUCAACUGUGGGACCUUAUAUAGACAGGUGUGUGCCUUUCCAAAUCAUGUCCAAUCAAUUGAAUUUACCACAGGUGGACUCCAAUUAAGUUGUAGAAACAUCUCAAGGAUUAUCAAUCUAAACAGGAUGCACCUGAGCUAAAUUUCGAGUCUCAUAGCAAAGGGUCUGAAUACUUUGGUAAAUAAGAUAUUUCUGUUUUUUAUUUUUAAUAGAUUUGCCAACAUUUCUAAACUUGUUUUCGCUUUUUCAUUUAUUGGGUAUUGUGCGUAGAUUGAGGAUUUUUAUUUAAUUCAUUUUAGAAUAAGGCUGUAACGUAACAAAAUGUGGAAAAAGGGAACGGGUCUGAAUACUUUCCAAAUGCACUGUAUAUGAUGUCUGUGGGCCUCGUAAAUAUUUGUCAUAUCACUUUUAACAUGCAAUACCUUUUAACAUAGGCGGCGCGAAGGUAAUUUUCACCAUAAACAUGGACCCUUAUAAUAAAGCACUCCAUGCAUCCUCGCAUUCACAGACUUAUGUAAGAUAGCCUACUAUUGCUAAUGUGAUGAUUAGAUUGGAUAGUCAUAAUUUAGGCUAGUAAUAUAACUCAAUCACUGUUCGCAAAAAUACUAAAAUGCAGCGCAGGCUAUAGGCCUAUGAGAAGUUUCUUGUUGGCCUUUUUAUAAACACAUUUCAUGCAAUUCUACUACACUUUAUAUGAAUGGAGACAUCAGUAGAAUCUUUUUUUAAUACUAAAAAAAUUACAGGUUAACCUACUCUGCUGACACUGACAAACAGAUCAAUAAAAAUGUUGUCUGAUCCAUAUAAUCGGCAUAGGAAAAGGGGAGACACAAAUACAAUAUGACGUCCAUCUAACCUGGAGGAGGAAAUUAUUGUCCAAAAACAAACAAAAGUGGCACUGACCCAAUGAUAAAGAAUAUGCACACUCACCGGGGAUAUGGCCGAUGUUCUCCGCUGGUGCCAAUAAGAUACUAGGCUACUGUUCGCUCAAUGAAGUUUAGAAUUUUGAUGACUAAAAGACAGAUUUGGAUUAUUUUCAUUGUAAUCUAUUUACAGCAAUAGCCAUUUGCUUUCCAUACUGUUUUUCCGUGAUUGUAUUUUUAAAUAUUGCGAUAUGCCUGGCUCUCUGCUUUUCAAUGACAGUCGCAACUCAACAAUCAUCUAGUCCUAUUUGGUAUUUGCCUGGCGCGCUGCCCUAAUUGCGGGCCCUUCCAACUUUAGGCUAUGCGAUUUAAAACAAUCCACAGCAAAAAAAAAAAAAAGAAGCUAAUGAUCCUCUGCCGCCAAAUCAUGCUUUCUGGUGUAGUAGCCUAUUUUCAAUGAUUGUAUUUAUUUCUGUAUAGACAGGAGUAAGCUACUUAGACUAUAUCAUUUUGGCUAUUUAAUUCAAUUUACCUGCAAUUUGAUGAAUGGAAAGGGGCACCAACGUGUAUUGUAAUGACAUUCUGCUAUUGUCAUUAGGCCUACACUUGUAGCCUGAAUUUAUCCAUCAACUGUUGUCUGCAUGCGCUUCGGUCUCGGCCACUCAUCUCUGUGUGUCUGGUGCACGUCUCGGCCACUCAUCUCCGCCUUGACAAAAUGUAAGUGUUCUCAUUGAACCACAAUGCAAUUUGGGGAGUGUAUACCCCCCAGUUUCCAGUCAAUUCAUACAUUUUUCACGCGGCUGACAUGCAUUAGUGUUAAAUUAUUUUUUAAUAGCCUAUCGUUUCUAUUAAUUGUGAUAGGCUCACGUUUUACCAGUACGGCCUACCCCCACUAUUUAUUUUGCAGGGACGCCAUACCGCCUUACUUUCACCCCUGCUUUUAGGGAACAAAUAGCUAGCUCCUAGGAACAUACAGAGAAGGGAUAGCCUGGAAGAAAUGCUGCAUUCAAAACCACUGGGAAUUCGGAAAAAUACAUGGUCAAAUCAGGUGAUCUUCAGGUAAAAAAGUUAAGCUCUCGAAAGAGGCCUGAGAUUCUGAGUUGGAUGACCACUGAAAUCGAUUUAUUUCCCAGUCGGAGCUCGUUUUUUUCAGAGUUCCCAUUGGUUUUGAACGUGGCAUUAAGCCGCACUGGAUGCCACAUUUUAAAUGGAAUACAUUGAAUACAUGGAGCAGGGUGGAACAAAAUCGCAGUAAAACACAAUUUAAAUGUAUUUUCCGAAGGGCUGGUGUCACCAUUCAAUGAAUACAUUAAAUAGAGUGCAUUCGGAAAGUGUUCAGGCCCCUUCACUUUUUCCAAAUUUUGUUACGUUACAAACUUAUUCUAAAAUGGAUUAAAUACAUAAAAAUCCUCAUCAAUCUACACCCCAUAAUGACAAAGCGAAAAAAACAGGUUUUUAGAACAUUUUGCAAAUGUAUUAAAAAUAAAAAACAUACCUUAUUUACAUAAGUAUUCAGACCCUUUGCUAUGAGAGUCGAAAUUGAGCUCAAACGCAUCCUGUUUCCAUUGAUCAUCCUUGAGAUGUUUCUACACCUUGAUUGGAGUCCACCUGUGAUAAAUUAUAUUGAUUGGACAUGAUUUGGAAAGGUACACACCUGUCUAUAUAAGGUCCCACAGUUGACAGUGCAUGUCAGAGCAAAAACCAAGCCAUGAGGUCGAAGGAAUAGUCCGUAGAGCUCCGAGACAGGAUUGUGUCGAGGCACAGAAAGGGUACCAAAAAAUGUCUGUAGCAUUGAAGGUCCCCAAGAACACAGUGGCCUCCAUCAUUCUUAAAUUGAAGAAGUUUGGAACCACCAAGACUCUUCCUAGAGCUGGCUGCCCAGCCAAACUGAGCAAUCGGGGGAGAAGGGCCUUGGUCAGGGAGGUGACCAAGAACCCAAUGGUCACUCUGACAGAGCUCCAGAGUUCCUCUGUGGAGAUGGGAGAACCUUCCAGAAGGACAACCAUCUCUGCAGCACUCCACCAAUCAGGCCUUUAUGGUAGAGUAGCCAGACGGAAGCCACUCCUCAGUAAAAGGCACAUGACAGCCCGCUUGGAGUUAGCCAAAAGGCACCUAAAGGACUCUCAGACCAUGAGAAACAAGAUUAUCUGGUCUGAUGAAACCAAGAUUGAACUCUUUGGCCUAAAUGCCAAGGGUCACGUCUGGAGGAAACCUGGCACCAUCCCUACGGUGAAGCAUGGUGGUGGCAGCAUCAUGCUGGUGUGAUGUUUUUCAGCGACAGGGACUGGGAGACUAGUCAGGAUCGAGGGAAAGAUUAACGGAGCAAAGUACAGAGAAAACCCUUGAUGAAAACCUGCUCCAGAGCACUCAGUUCCUCAGACUGGGGUGACGGUUCACCUUCCAACAGGACAACGACCUUAAGCCCCCAGCCAAGACAACGCAGGAGCGGCUUCGGGUCAAGUCUCUGAAUGUCCUUGAGUGGCCCAGCCAGAGGCCGGACUUGAACCCGAUCUAACAUCUCUGGAGAGACCUGAAAAUAGCUGUGCAGCGACGCUCCCCAUCCAACCUGACAGAGCUUGAGAGGAUCUGCAGAGAAGAAUGGGAGAAACUCCCCAAAUACAGGUGUGCCAAGCUUGUAGUGUCAUACCCAAGAAGACUCGGCUGUAAUCGCUGCCAAAGGUGCUUCAACAAAGUACUGAGUAAAGGGUCUGAAUACUUAUGUAAAUGUAAUAUUUCUGUUUCUUUUAAAUACAUUUGCAAAAAUGUCUAUACCUGUUUUUGCUUUGUCAUUAUGGGGCAUUGUGUGUAGAUUGACGAGGGGGAAAAAAAUAAUUUAAUCCAUUUUAGAAUAAGGCUGUAAGGUAACAAAGUGGAAGAAGUAAAGGGAUCUGAAUACUUUCUGAAUGCACUGUAUAUUUUAAAAAAAAUAAAUCAUCUUUGAGAACUAACAAAAAAUAAAAGCUAGACAGUCAGGGAGAAUCUAAAACUCCUAAUGAUUCAUUCAGAAGUAUUUUUGUCAUGGCAUGGGGCCCCCAUUUGAUUUUGGUAUAAUGUUUAAGUCACUCAGAUAGCAUAAGCCAUGGCAAAAUGUUUAGAAUUGCAGGAAACUCGCUUUAAAACUGAAAAUGUUCUCUAAGCCCCAUGGCAAGAUCUGUAGAAUUGCAGGAAAUUAGCUUCAAAACUUCUAAUUUUUCACUCACCCUCAUGGCAAAAUGUGAGAAUUGCAGGAAAUUUGCUUUGAAAUUGCAUAGUUGUAUUUCCUCCACAUGGCAAAAUGUAUAGAAUUGCAGGAUAUCAGCUUUUAAAACCGCAACAUUUUCACUGUAGCCAACAGGAAGGCCUAACUUCAGGUCUGUGACCACACAAUUGGCCACACCCAUGGCCCUGUCACACCCACCACUUAAGCCCCAUUUUGAUCCAGAAAAAACCCUGGCUGCAUAUGAGAUGCCCUGACUCUAGCCACCUCAUCCUCCUUCACCCUCGUCGGGCAGUCCAAAGACGUCGCUUCAUGGUUCCCACCACAAUUGCAACACUUCACAUUCUCCUCACUUCUACAACACAUUAGAUUAUCUCCACCACAACAUGGAUAUCUUUUCCCUUCCGCAGACACUUUCCACAUGCCCAAAAGCUUUACAGUGAUUACACUGCAUUACUCUUGGGUCAAAAGCUCUUAGAUGAGAAUUCACAUAUCCGAAUCCGGAGGACAUAAAACAAUAUAAAGGUAAGAUAGAUAUCGAUUUUGAGACAUGACGUAGUAUUUUCAUAUUUUAGUAUACGAUUUUCAUAUUAAUGUGUAAUUCCUGUUUUUUGAAGAUUUUUCACAAACGGAGCACUGCGCGUACCGCAAACCUUUUUAUUUUCAAAGCCUUUUACAUUUAAUUCAGUUCGUGUCAUGCUUAUUUAGCUUUUUACGACCCGCAGAAACGACCACAACAUGUAAAAUCCUCAAGUUACUGCGAGAAAAGCAGCACCGCUCUGUCAAUUAUGUAUUAGGUUACGAAAUCCUACUUUUUGGAUAUAGUGUUAAUGAUAUGUUCGAGAGAGACCCCACUGAACGAUUCGGAACAUGAAAAAUCAUAUUUGUCUUGGUAAAAUGUGUUUUAUAACGUUAAGUGAAAUUUCAACACCAAAGCUCGUUUCCACCCGCUAGGCAGAGCCCUAUACUAUUAGGCUACCUCUACUGAUCACAUCCUUUUCUUAUUCCUCAGAUUACCCUCCGACUGCAGCCCAGGGGUGAGUCAAAAUAUGUGUGUGGUAUCGUCUUAUUAGUGGAUGUUAACUUUAUCCCAGAUUGCUAAACUCCACCUAAAGUUAAAUACAUGGCUCUGGCUAAGCCCAGCCUACAUUAUUUUCUGCAAGCUUGAUCAAGAUGUGAAGUCCUAUAUAAGUUCAGUUUCUCACUAAAAUUACUUGUCACACCAGUUUUGAAGUGACACAUUUCUUAUAUUGAGAUGAGAUUGUAUGUGCAUGUUGUCACUCCAUAUAAUAUCUGUGUUUGCUGCUUUCAGCUAUGGGUCCUAUGGUGGUGGCCAGGCCAGCCAGAGUGGCUACAGUCAAUCGUCCACCCAGCAGGGCUACGGCAGCGGUGGAAGCUGCGGCUACAACCAGAGCUCUGAGGGCAACUCUGCCUCCUAUGGCCAGGGAGGCUACGGCUCUAACUACGGCCAGUCGCAGUCAGGUACGUGACCAACUGCACCAUAAUAAAUAUUCAUUCAUCGUGCAGCUAUAGGCAUUGUGUUCCUCAUGUAGUCUGGUCUCUAAGUAUUGUCUCCUGUUGUCUUAUCUAGCGAUGGAGCUAUUUAUUGACAAACUGUUUUUUUGCUUCCAUAAUUGGUGCUUGGUAGCUUAUGUCUGCAGAUGCAUAUCCACCUCACGUCCCCUCUCUCUCUCCCUUGCUGUGACCUUCCUUCAGGAGGACGUGGUUCUCAGCCUCCAUCCCAGGGCGGUCAGUCCUACAGCUCUGGGGGCUACAACAGUAGUAGUAGUAGUCAGCCACCACAGAGCGGCUACAACCAGCAGUCGUCCUACUCUGGAUAUGGACAACAGCAGUCUGCUGCUGCACAGUCUUCUACCAGGUGAGAGACUAUGGAAGACUGUUUGUGAAGUUCUGCAUUGUGGGAUAACAAUACAAAAUGUGUUGGUAAACCAUGAAAUGUUGAUGCAUAUGCAUAUUCUUAGUGUUCCUAAAAUUUUAAAGCAGCUGGGCUUAAAAUAACAUUGCUCCUUUUUUGUCCCUUUUCCACAGUAGCUAUGGCAACAACUCCCAGCCCUCUAGCUACGGGCAGCAGCCACCGCAGAGUGGGGGUGGGGGCAGCUACGGGAGCCAGAGCGGAGGUGGAGGUGGCUACGGGGGCAGUGGCGGUGGACAGAGUGGGGCUUGCGGAGGCCAGCAGCAGCCCGGGGGGGCUCCCUACAGCCAGGCCCCCAGCUACAGCUCACCCCCACCCCAGAGCUACGGCCAGCAGACCAAGUACAGCCAGGAGGGUGGAGGUAAGGAAUCCCCUCUGAUAUUAGAGGUCCAGUUGACGUUCAUUCAAAUGCACCCACCCUUCUAUUUUUGAGCACCCACCUAGAAUCUCAACCUCCUCCAUCUACUACCCCACAGGAUACAGAGGCAACUCUCCACCAAUGGGAGGAGGUGGCUCGGACGGAGGCUACGGAGAUAGUGGAGGCCGUGGAGAAAGGGGAGGCGGCUUAAGAGGUCGCGGGGAUGGUGACCGGGGAUUCGACCGAGGUGGCGGACAUAGAGGCACAGGCGGCAUGGGGUAAGGACUCAAUAGCUCUGCUCCUCCACACACACACACCCGCCUCAGUAUUCACUUAGACGUCUUGCAUCAGUCCCCCAUAACAUUUACCUGGACUCACCACAAAACAAAAGGACAUACACACACUCAACUCUUGUAUCUAUGUUUGGAUACAUCCACACAUCAGUCAAGUAAACACCUGUGUAGGGGGUUGAUACUCAAUACAAAGUGUCUGUGUUUGGGCUAUUACAAGAUAGGGAAGGGCAUGAUUAUUUGAAUAUCUGAACAGAUGCUAGUAUUCCAUUACUUGGGAGAGUAUUAGGGCUGUCCCCGACCAAAAAAAAAAAAAUCUUGGUAGACUGAAAGUUGUCUGUUCAAUCGAUUGGUCAAAAUCUUUAAACUUAUUUUUCCAUAAAUAGACAUGGUUGUCAAUAAAUGUGUUUUAAUAAAAUCAACUAUACGCAUUGAGCUCACUGUUUGAUGAAAUAAGACAAAUGCCUCGCGGAAGCCAGAUCUAGAUAACCAGAAGAAAAACACCUUAACCUGACCCAUCUAUUCUCCACCCGCUCCUGCUGGCUUUCACAGAUUCUGCCAUUUUGCUCCUGAAGUUGCCGGUAGUAGGCAACCUUUCAUGUGGAAUGCCAAUUUAUCUUACAAUUUCUACCGAUCUGCGUGCCAGUUAUGGUUUUCAUAUGCACAUUUUCGUGAAACUGUUUCAUUUAAUUUAUAAUAACGUCUUCAUAUCUUAAAAUCAUUUAUGUGGUUAAUCAAAAUUCUAUCUAAAUGAAAUGAUACAAACCUAAAAAGUAACUUCUAUUGCCAUUGCCAACUAUGCAAAAAUGGCCUACAUCAAGCCAACCAAUAAAAACAUUACAGCCUUCAGGUAGAAAAUAUCUGGAUAAAAAAAUAAAUAUCCUAUAAAUCACAUUGGCUACACAUGACCUGUCUGCAACGUACUUGAAACAUUGUAUCAACUAUUAACUUGGGUCAGGUCUGAAGCCUGCGCUAGCGAAUUUGCGACAUUGUAUAAAAUAUUCUGGGCGCUCAGUUUCCCGCACCAGUGAGCUCGGGACAGACAUAGCUGUAGGCUAUUUGUGCAAGGAAUAAGAAGCAGUGGUUGACUUGGGCAGGAGCUCACCGGAGCUGAGUACAGGCACCUCAAAUGUUCUACUGCUUGAGCUCCUGUUCCUCUUAUAGAAUAUUAGCUCAAAAGUAUUGUGGAGCUCCUGCACCUAAAAUAUAAACAGUACCAGCACCCAAAAUGAGUACCGGAACCUAUUUCAGUCCAAGUCAAGCACUGAUAAGAAAUAAUCGGGUAGGCCUAUUUUAUGACGUUUCGACUGGAUCCGAGCAUGAUAUUUUUCCCUUUUCACUCUGAGUGGUUAUUGAAAGGAAAGGUUUUUCAAAUACAUUGAGGAGCUAUUGUAAUUCUCAAUGGAUAUAAAAACAGGCUUUGUUUGUUGCUGUUUGAGGUGAAGAAAACAUUACUUUGAGAAGCUCCACAGGUCAUUAGUGGUGGUGCGUUAAGCCAAUCAGAAAUGCUAUCAGAUCCCCAAAUGGGCAAAUGUUUUAUGCCUACAUUUACGCGCAGGCCAGGUAGCCUAUAGGACUACUUCUGUGCGUACGCGUCCUUACUCAACAUUGACAGGAGCGCUCCAAACAAAAGACAAUGUCUAAAUUGACAAAACUCGUAAAUGGAAUGAAAUAAACCAAAACUUGUUUCUCACAUAGGUGUAACAUAGGUUGUGCACUCUGCAAACAAUGUGUCCACUGUGACAAUGAUAAUGGGAAGACUGGAAUAAUAGCCUAAUAUUGAAUGCAUUAACAGAAAUUACCGGAACCAAAGUAACAAACAUUGUAGAUUAGGAAUUAACGGUAAAUGUACUACUGGUGAUAUAUGUAAUUGGGAAUUGAUAUACACUAACAAUCAAAUACAAACAAUUCACACAAUGAAGUUAUGAAACAAUGAAUGUGCACAAAUUGGCGCAUGGUUCCGAUGUCUGCAUUGACCAUGCAGCAUUUACGGUGAUACGGCCUCAGCAGAAGUCAGGGCAUUCAUACUUCUUGCGUUUCGUAGAGCAGUGCAGAGCUGUUGUCAAGGAAGUGAGUUUGUGUUUUCUACAGGAUGUACCGCCUCCACCUACCGUCAACCAAUCAUGUCAAUUCGGAGUUAUACAGAGCCCUCCGCAUUGUUACAACAUUUGGGAGGCGCAUGGCAAUGCAGUAAGGAGCUUGAUUUGGCUUCUGCAUACCUCUGGAGGCUCUGCAAUUGCGUCACACCCUCCAUAUGGAGCCUCCGACCACAUUUUCAGAUCAAGCAUCAGUUGGCUUUUAGUCUCCGCAAUGGUUUAGUUCACUGAGAUGGGGGCAAAUAUACACUACCGUUCAAAAGUUUGGGGUCACUUAGAAAUGUCCUUGUUUUCGAAAGAAAAGCAAUUAUUUUGUCUAUUAAAAUAACAUCAAAUUGAUCAGAAAUACAGUGUAGACAUUGUUAAUGUUGUAAAUGGCUAUUGUAGCUGGAAACGGCUGAUUUUAAAAAUGUGAAUAUCUACAUAGGCAUACAGAGGCCCAUUAUCAGCAACCAUCAGUCCUGUGUUCCAAUGGCACAUUGUGUUUGCUAAUCCAAGUUUAUCAUUUUAAAAGGCAAAUUGAUCAUUAGAAAACCCUUUUGCAAUUAUGUUAGCACAGCUGAAAACAGUUGUGCUGAUUAAAGAAGCAAUAAAACUGGCCUUCUUGAGACUAGUUGAGUAUCUGGAGCAUCAGCAAUUGUGGGUUCGAUUAUAUGCUCAAAAUGGCUACUCCCGUCACAGAACAGCGCAAACUGGCUCUAACCAGGGAGGCCCCGGUGCACAACUGAGCAAGAGGACAAAUACAUUAGUGUCUAGUUUGAGAAACGGACGCCUCACAGGUCAUCAACUGGCAGCUUCAUUAAAUAGUACCCGCAAAACACCAGUCUCAACGUCAACAGUGAAGAGGCAACUCCGGGAUGCUGACCUUCUAGGCAGAGAAAAAGCCAUAUCUCAGACUGGCCAAUAAAAAGAAAAGAUGGGCAGUCUGAGAUAUGGUUUUUUCUUUGCAACUCUGCCUAGAAGGUCAGCAUCCCGGAGUCGUUAUGUGACAACGCAAAACCAAAUCCUUACAGGUCUCUGUUGUGUGUCUAUUCAAACUGCCUUGUCUAUCGCUCACUAAUCAGACCUAGUAGCCUUGAACUUUUUCUUUGUUUUCUUCCCAUCUACUAAAUGUAUUAUGCAAUAUAGCAGGCUUUUUUUUUAUGCUCAUCUUGCCAUGGCAGAAAUGAAAUCCCUGAAGGGCCUUGAGUGACUUUGAAAGAUCCAGAAAACAAAGAAACACAUUUUAGUUUCUGGCACUCAUCCACCCCUGUUUUGCUUAGCUAAAGCACUAUAGUCAUUAUCACAUUUCAUCAAGAGUUAUCCUCUGCUUACAUUGGCAGCCGUGUGAUGAUUUAUUUAUCUUAGUGAACUAUUUGAAGGGUCUUACUGGCAAACUUUUUAUGUGCACACUGACACUGUCCACACACAAACACACCACAUGACCUUGCCACCCCCCCACUCCACCCUCCUCUUCACCUCUAUAACACCACUUUCCCACCCACCCUUUUACUGUGUGAUAUGAUGCUUUAAUAAAUCUCUGAAUCUCCUCCUAGGCUCUCACCUCUCCAUGGUGUGCUUCUGUUUUUCAUUUUGUUUUUUCUCUUGAGGAAAGGGGGAAUGGUAGAAAGAAGGAAGGACAGGCAGGAGAAAUUCACUGAGAAGACUAUAGGCAGGGGUUAAAGAAUAAGAGUUGCAAGUGCAACAUGGACACACUGACUGAUCAGUUAGAAAGGAUGUCAAAGACCUACAUAGGAAGUGUGUUGUUAAGACAAUGUCAAAGUCUCAAGACGGUCACCUAUAUAGAAAAUAUCAAGGAAGGUUUCAUAAAACUCCUUUCUGUAGGUGCUUAAUUUAUGUUUACUUGGAUUCCGCAGCUGUUCUUGCAGUGUUAUAAAACAGUGUACAACACGACACAGCAGUUCCAGGAAACAAUAACAUUUGGUCUGAGUUGGUUUCAGGGUGUUAAAUGAUCUCUUGUACAAAGCAAGGAGAAGUGACUGUGGACAGUUUUGAUCUUCGGAUUAAAACCCACUUGCAAACAAGAUGCGAAGGUCUGAGGACUAGCGUACCAAACAGACAAGGUCAUCAAAACUGACCUCCGACUCCUCAGUUGUCAAGGAGAAGGGACACAUCCUAGGGUGGUUCCAAUGAAGAGAUAGGGGUUGAACAAAGUAAGAGAGAAGUGAAAGAGAGUAAAGAGGGGAUGGGGUAAAAAGGGGGUGGAAACCCCCCCUAGAGAGAAAUGUGGCUCUGUCCACACCAGCCUUCAAUGCGUGUCGCCUUUCUCUCCUCAUCAGAAUGGGCGAUCGUGGAGGAUUCAAUAAGUUUGGUGGUAAGUGACAAAACUCUUUAAAUAAGAGAUUUGGUGGGUUUAAAGAGUCAUGCUUAAAGGGAGGGGGGGAAACAAGAUGUAAAAGGUUUAGAUUAUUGGCCCAAAAAGGAUACUGGCCCCGGACAUUAAAAAUAUUGUGAUGUUUUUUGAUCGUGGGAAGAGGGAAUUGAUGUCGGAAGAACAACCAAUAUGGGAAGUAUCACACAAAGUUAACCAACUAGGAAAGAUUGGUCUUGAUUUUAUCUUAGAAACAAAACUAACAUUCAGGAGUUAUGGGUAGAAUAGAAAGAAAGCAUAGCAUAUUGAGGUGGAAAAGGGUCAUGAUAGAAAAGUCAAACGUAAUUAGGAUUUAAGGUCUUUUAUUAUUCAUUAGAUGGGUUGCUUUCAACAUAUUUUGGUCCUAUUUUGCUCAGUUGAUAGAGCAUGGCGCUUGCAACACUAGGAUUGUGUGGUUCGAUUCCCACUGGGACCACACCCAUACAAUAAACGUAAGCACGCAUGACUGUAAGGCUGGAGCUACAUUGGGGCAUUCAGCGUUGCGUUGACGCUGGAGAGGCGGGAUAAUUUAUCUCGUUGUAAUAAAUGGAAGCAGCCACAUUCCUGGCGUUGCGUUUCCCCCCCCAGCGUCGAGCUGAAAAAAUACGAUGGGUUCUAUUUUCUACUGCUGACGCUCGGGUCAGAGCCGUAGAAACCUAUUGUCAUUGGUGGAAACAUGACAUACUUUUGGUCAUGUAGUGUAUGUGGACACCUGCUCGUCGAACAUCUCAUUCCAAAAUCAUUAAUAUGGAGUUGGUCCCCCCCUUUGCUGCUAUAACAGCCUCCACUCUUCUGGGAAGGCUUUCCACUAGAUGUUGGAACAUUGCUGCGCUGACUUGCUUCCAUUCAUCCACAAGAGCAUUAGUGAGGUCGGCCACUGAUGUUAGGCGACUAGGCCUGGUUCGCAGUCGCCGUUCCAAUUCAUCCCAAAGGUGUUCAAUGGGGUUGAGGUCAGGGCUCUGUGCAGGCCAGUCAAGUUCUGUCACACCGAUCUCGACAAACCAUUUCUGUAUGGACCUCGCUUUGUGCACGGGGGGUUUGUCCUGCUGAAACAGAAAAGGGCCUUCCCCAAACUGUUGCCACAAAGUUCGAAGCACAGAAUUGUCUAGAAUGUCAUUUAAGAUUUCCCUUAACUAGGGGCCUAGCCCAAACAAUGAAUAACAGCCCUAGACCAUUAUUCCUCCUCCACCAAACUUUACAGUUGGCACUAUUCAUUGGGGCAGGUAGCGAUCGCCUGGCAUCCGCCAAACCCAGAUUUGUCUGUCGGACUUCCAGAUGGUGAAGCGUGAUUCAUCACUCCAGAGAACGCGUUUCCACUGCUCCAGAGUCCAAUGGCGGCGAGCUUUACACCACUCCAGCCGACGCUUGGCAUUGCGCAUGGUGAUCUUAGGCUUGUGUGCGGCUGCUAGGCCAUGGAAACCCAUUUCAUGAAGCUCCUGACACAGUUUUUGUGCUGACGUUUUGAACUCUGUAGUGAGUGUUGCAACUGAGGACAGAUUAUUUUUACGCGCUUCAGCGCCUGGCGGUCUCGUUCUGUGAGCUUGUGUGGCCUACCACUUCGCGCCUGAGCCUUUGUAGCUCAUAGAUGUUUCCACUUCACAAUAACAGCACUUAUAUUUGACCGGGGCAACUCUAGCAGGGCAGAAAUGUUGGCACGGUUGCAUCCUAUGACGAUGCCUCGUUGAAAGUCACUGAGCUCUUCAGUAAGGUCAUUCUACUGCCAAUGUUAGUUUAUGGAGAUUGCAUGGCUGUGUGCUCGAUCUUAUACACCUGUCAGCAACGGUUGUGGCUGAAAUAGCCGAAUCCACUCCUUUCGAUUUAUAAAGUUGUUUUUGACAUGAAAGUGUGUCAGUUUGUCACUUUCACAAGGUUGAAGUAAUAACAUGUUCAAUUACUUAAGACAUUGGCUCUAAUCCUGGUUGUGCCUUUUAGAUUUCGAGAAAAUUAACAAAUAAGGAAGAAUUUUCUCAAACCCCAGCCUUGGCUGCUUGGUCUGUUUCGCCUGCUUUCCCGGAAGUCUUGCGACCUUGCGCCUCUGAGUUUAGAAACUCUGUGGUUGGCUUUCUUUGUUUACUUGAUGCUUUUUCAGUUGUUGUAAAUUAAAAGUAUUAAAUGGGCUACAAAGGAAUUAGUUAAAUGAUACGUUUUUUGUUAUAUUUUUCCCUUUCCUAUAUGCAACCUCGAGGCGUACCCCUUUUCAGCGAUGACUCAACUUUUAUCUUUUGUUAUUUGGGUCUGAUUGUUAUUUUUGUGAAGACUGUGGGUGCUUGUACUUACGCACUCAUGAUGAGUCCUUUCAAAUUUCGAUUUUGCAUCCAUGUGAGCUGAUUUUAAUUUACUGUAUUGCUCUCUGUGAGUGUGUGUGUGUGUAUGUAGCACCUUAAGGACACGGGCAAAAUGACACUGACUCCAUGCUUUAAUGUAGCUCCAGAGUAAGUUGCCUUGGAUAAAAACCUGCUAUUGGGAUUAUAAUAUAUCUUAGUUGUCUUGUUUUUUUCUUAUGUAAUACAUCUAUAACACCUCAAUAUGCUAUGUAGCACAUGAUGUAUGUACUGCAUGUUGUCACCUCAACAGGUAAGAAUAAUCAGUGUGUAUAUUCCAUAUCAGAAAUGUCACUGUCGUGUUUGGUACUGCGUAGGAUUGAGUUUACUGCACUCCAAAAUCCUUAGCAGCAGAGGGAGCUGUACAGUAACUUCAAUCUCUGUUGAUUUGAAGUUAUCUUGCUUUAAUCCUCUGAAUUUGAGUCACUGGGCUCUAAGAUGAUUUGAGUUGAGACGGAAGGUCUUUCUAGGUGUCAAAGUUUGAAUAUGUCUACUUGGCUGAUUGACUCUCAACAAUGGAUGUUGGGCCCCUCCCCCCAAAAGGUCAAAUAAGGUAUUUCUACUUGCUUGAGAAGAUUUUGACAAAAGAGGAGUUGUGCCCAGAUUAAUGUUCAGGGCUGUUACUGUAAGGAAAGCAACUGACGUAGGGUGUUUGGUCAUGUUUCUCCCUUUCCUUCUGUAAUGCUAUGCUCACUCUCACUGUUGGUGUGAGGAAUUUGGCUCUCUGCACCUUCUGAUUUCUAAAUGCUGUCGAAGUGUACUGCCCAGACAGUCCACUUCAAAAAUUAUGGGUGGAAGUACUGAUGAUGGUAAAGUGUUCAAUGGUGGUAUUGAUGAUGGUACUGGUGGUUUUUUAGUUACCAUCUUGGACUUACAUGCUGACUACACCGGCGCCAUCCACACCAGAUGCGAUCAUGACAUGCAGGUUAAAAUAUCAAAACCAACUGUGAACCAUCUAUAUUAAUUUGGGGGCAGGUCGAAACAUGCAUGAAACAUUCAUGGACAUUGGGUUAUUUUAUCUGACAUGCAUAUGGUCCUCUUUUUUUAGCUGGUUCUUUGUCGAAUUUUGACCCAGAGUCAUACAAAAUGGUGUGUUUCUCUACUCCGACAGUUCAUCCACAGAUAACAAAAACCUAACUAGGUUUCCAUUUUUAUCUUUAAUUAAUCUCUCCUCUUUUGUCUUUCAAGCGUCGACGUGGGUUUGUAUCUUCCUAAUAUCCAAUAAGGAAGGAACUUGCACCACGUGAAGCAUCUCAAAUAGAACAAAGUUCUAUUUUAGUGCUUGGCUACACAGACUUGUUCACUUGCGAAAAUAUUGAAUAACAUGUAUGUGGACAUUUUAUUUUGCAAUGCUUGCGCAUGCAACAGCCAGUGUGGUUUGUAUGUUAGUCAUUCCUCUUUUGACAAUGGAAGUCAAAAGUCAAGCAUAGACAGAUUUAAUGCAUCACCUGUCCUGUGUAAUCUUACAGUAUGUAUCUAAAGAAAAUACUUUUAACCCUUACUCUGGUUACGUAACGGCAUCGAUCGGAGGGAAGGGAACAGAAUGGGAAAUAUGUAUGAGGGAAAAAACUAUUUGCUCCCAGAUAGGUAGUGAAAGGGAGUGGAAAAAAGAAGAAGAUAUCCCUAUUUGGUAAAAGACCAAGUUCAUAUUAUGGCAAGAACAGCUCAAAUAAGCAAAGAGAAAUGACAGUCAGUCAAUCUGGAAAAUGUGAAGAACUUUGAAAGAUUCAAAGUGCAGUCGCAAAAACCAUCAAGCGCUAUGAUGAAACUCGCUCUCAUGAGGACCGCCACAUGAAAGGAAGACCCGGAGUUGCCUCUGCUGCAGAGGAUAAGUUCAUUAGAGUUACCAGCCUCAGAAAUUGCAGUCCAAAUAAAUGCUUCACAGAGUUCAAGUAACGGACUCAUCUCAACAUCAACUGUUCAGAGGAGACUGCGUGAAUCAGGCCUUCAUGGUCGAAUUGCUGCAAAGAAACCACUACUAAAGGACACCAAUAAGAAGAAGAGACUUGCUUGGGCCAAGAAACACGAGCAAUGGACAUUAGAGCGGUGGAAAUCAGUUAUUUGGUCUGGAGUCUAUUGGAGAUUUUUGGUUCCAACCACUGUGUCUUUGUGAGACACAGUGUAGGUGAACGGAUGAUCUCUGCAUGUGUAGUUCCCACUGUGAAGCAUGGAGGAGGUGUUAUGGUGUGGGGGUGCUUUGCUGGUGACACUGUCUGUGAUUGAUUUAGAAUUCAAGGCACACUUAACCAGCAUGGCUACCACAGCAUUCUGCAGCGAUACACUAUCCCAUCUGGUUUGGGCUUAGUGGGACAAUCAUUUGUUUUUCAACAGAACAAUGACCCACCACACCUCCAGGCUGUGUACAGGCUAUUUGAUGGAGUGCUGCAUCAGAUGACCUGGCCUCAACCCAAUUGAGAUGGUUUGGGAUGAGUUGGACCGCAGAGUGAAGGAAAUGCAGCCAACAAGUGCUCAGCAUAUGUGGGAAUUCCUUCAAGACUGUUGGAAAAGUACACACUACACAAAAGGCAUGUAGAACGGUAUACCAGUCGGUGUGUUUUGUGUGAGCGGUUUUGUAGGGAUAUGAGAAUCGAAAGAAUGCGUAGUUGUGAAUGUGCAAAAGUUGUGGGACUGUAGAAUAGUAGUAUGUGUGGCAGCGCAAGCGGUGUCCACUUAAAAAACGUAAACUUAAAUAUGUAUUUUUUCUUCCUGAAGGACCGAGAGACCAGGGACCUGGUGGGCCCAGCUCCAGUAAGUACGGACCUCUGACAGUUGAUAGUGCUACAAUUAGAACUGAUUACAUUUCUUGCCAUCAUGUUAUUAAGUUCAUUAGUUUGUGUCACUAUAUUGCUCUGGGAUAUCUAGAUCAGCAGAAGUAUGCAUCCUGCUUUUCUGAUCUGCUCCUACCUCUGCAAAUUGUGUAUAUUAAUUAUGUUAAGAAGUAUUUGUAUUUUCUGGGAUAUACAGUGGGGGAAAAAAGUAUUUAGUCAGCCACCAAUUGUGCAAGUUCUCCCACUUAAAAAGAUGAGAGAGGCCUGUAAUUUUCAUCAUAGGUACACGUCAACUAUGACAGACAAAUUGAGAGAAAAUCACAUUGUAGGAUUUUUUAUGAAUUUAUUUGCAAAUUAUGGUGGAAAAUAAGUAUUUGGUCACCUACAAACAAGCAAGAUUUCUGGCUCUCACAGACCUGUAACUUCUUCUUUAAGAGGCUCCUCUGUCCUCCACUCGUUACCUGUAUUAAUGGCACCUGUUUGAACUUGUUAUCAGUAUAAAAGACACCUGUCCACAACCUCAAACAGUCACACUCCAAACUCCACUAUGGCCAAGACCAAAGAGCUGUCAAAGGACACCAGAAACAAAAUUGUAGACCUGCACCAGGCUGGGAAGACUGAAUCUGCAAUAGGUAAGCAGCUUGGUUUGAAGAAAUCAACUGUGGGAGCAAUUAUUAGGAAAUGGAAGACAUACAAGACCACUGAUAAUCUCCCUCGAUCUGGGGCUCCACGCAAGAUCUCACCCCGUGGGGUCAAAAUGAUCACAAGAACGGUGAGCAAAAAUCCCAGAACCACACGGGGGGACCUAGUGAAUGACCUGCAGAGAGCUGGGACCAAAGUAACAAAGCCUACCAUCAGUAACACACUACGCCACCAGGGACUCAAAUCCUACAGUGCCAGACGUGUCCCCCUGCUUAAGCCAGUACAUGUCCAGGCCCGUCUGAAGUUUGCUAGAGUGCAUUUGGAUGAUCCAGAAGAGGAUUGGGAGAAUGUCAUAUGGUCAGAUGAAACCAAAAUAUAACUUUUUGGUAAAAACUCAACUCGUCGUGUUUGGAGGACAAAGAAUGCUGAGUUGCAUCCAAAGAACACCAUACCUACUGUGAAGCAUGGGGGUGGAAACAUCAUGCUUUGGGGCUGUUUUUCUGCAAAGGGACCAGGACGACUGAUCCGUGUAAAGGAAAGAAUGAAUGGGGUCAUGUAUCGAGAGAUUUUGAGUGAAAACCUCCUUCCAUCAGCAAGGGCAUUGAAGAUGAAACGUGGCUGGGUCUUUCAGCAUGACAAUGAUCCCAAACACACCGCCCGGGCAACGAAGGAGUGGCUUCGUAAGAAGCAUUUCAAGGUCCUGGAGUGGCCUAGCCAGUCUCCAGAUCUCAACCCCAUAAAAAAUCUUUGGAGGGAGUUGAAAGUCCGUGUUGCCCAGCGACAGCCCCAAAACAUCACUGCUCUAGAGGAGAUCUGCAUGGAGGAAUGGGCCAAAAUACCAGCAACAGUGUGUGAAAACCUUGUGAAGACUUACAGAAAACGUUUGACCUGUGUCAUUGCCAACAAAGGGUAUAUAACAAAGUAUUGAGAAACUUUUGUUAUUGACCAAAUACUUAUUUUCCACCAUAAUUUGCAAAUAAAUUCAUAAAAAAUCCUACAAUGUGAUUUUCUGGAUUUUUUUUCCCUCAAUUUGUCUGUCAUAGUUGACGUGUACCUAUGAUGAAAAUUACAGGCCUCUCUCAUCUUUUUAAGUGGGAGAACUUGCACAAUUGGUGGCUGACUAAAUACUUUUUUUCCCCCACUGUAGAUCAGAACCACCUUACAUAAUGAAUGAAUGUAACUGUCACUGUGUAUUAACCCUAUGCUGACCUGACCACCUCCCUACAGUGGAAGAUCAGGAUAACUCUGACAACAACACGAUUUUCGUGCAAGGCAUGGGAGACGGCUACACUGUUGAUUCUGUGGCUGACUUCUUCAAGCAGAUCGGCAUCAUCAAGGUACCUACCUACCUUAUUUAUUUAUUUAUUUAACUCUCUUAACACCUCCCUCCAUUGAAUUAUACCUGCCACACCCAUCACUUCCCUGACUUUGGUGCAUGGGUGGCAUCCUUUCCUGAGGCUUUGCUGUAGAUUACUUACAGGCUAUGUUUUGAGUGGUAGGCUACUGCCAUUGUGUGCAAUGCUUACAACUAAUACAUUUUCCUUCUGUAUCUUAAUGUUGCCUUUUUUUCUCAUUCAAUCUCUCGUUUCCUACUCGUUCUCUCUCACUCUCCCAUUCUCCCUCUUUCUCUCUUUGUCACAUUCUCCCUCUCUACCUCCCUUUCUCCAUCUGUCAGAUCAAUAAGAAGACUGGUCUGCCCAUGAUCAACCUGUAUACAGAUAGAGAGACAGGGAAGCUGAAGGGCGAGGCCACCGUGUCCUUUGACGACCCCCCUUCUGCCAAAGCUGCCAUCGACUGGUUUGAUGGUGAGGGGAUUACCUGUGGAGAAACUGCUGUUGACAUUUUUUUUGGGGGGGGGAAUACAAUAUUUUACUGAAACUUACAACAUGAAAUGGAUGAGUGAAAAUAGUAGCGUGGUGGGUCACUGCAUUUCUCUUUAAGCGUAGUCUGAGCAUUUUAUUUUUCUUAUGGGUUUGUUGAAUCUUUUAGUCACUGAGGAGAAUAGGUAGUCACUGAUUUUCGCUUGUCCUUCAUAAUUGUGUUUUGUAAAUAUAUUAUAAUCGAUUGUUUUCUCCAUUGCAGGGAAGGACUUCAAAGGGAACCCCAUCAAGGUGUCCUUUGCGACCCGCAGGGCGGACUUCGGUGUAGGCCGGGGUGGGGGUGGCGGCAUGAGAGGUGGCCGAGGACGAGGAGGUGAGGCAGAGUUUGGUGGUGAGUUGGUCAUUAUAGGGUUGGAUCAAUUGGGUUGGAGUCAAUUCCACUUCAUUUCAGUUCACGUUGGAUAUACAUUUAGGGUUUUCCGAUUCUUUAAUUAGAAUUUCAUAGUUCAUUUCCUAAAUUGAUUGAAUUGAAACGGAACUGUUCCAGCAAACUGCUUGCUCCUCACCCCCCCCCCCCCCCCCAAUGGAAAGGGGCCCAAGUAUCUCUAUAAUUUUGUAUAGCCCAUGGGAAGGAGGGCAUGAGUGAGUGCACUAUGAUUUAGCCCUUAUUCAUGACUCAAAUUGCAUUACAUUGAGACAUUGGAUGUCCCCUUUAGCCUUGUGAGGGAAAUUCUCAGACGCUACUCAAAUGCUCUAAAUGCAGUUUUGUAAACAUUUGGAACUUUCAUAUAAGCGAGAACAUUUAGGAAAGUUGCACCCGGCUGUAUUUUGAGAAACACAUGCGAUCCAGCAGGAAAUGUGGAGUGGAAUGGAAUGGUGCAAUGGAAAUGCAAGCGCAAGGUAAGACGAUGUGUCGCAGCCGAGGUGGUGUGUGAAAACAGCCGGGUGCAACUUUGCUAAACUGCGCACAGUAAGUGUAUCUUUUGAUUCUUUCUCGCUUAUAUGAAACUUACAUUUCAAAGGUUUCCAAAACCGUAUCGCUAGCGAGGAUUAAUAACGUUUCUAAAUGUUAAAACAGAGCGUCGGGAUUGUAGUUCAUUGACCCAGCUGUGGUCUGUACCUUCAGUUGAGAACUCAAGGGGUGGGUAUACCCACCUUGGGUUCUCGAGAGCUAAGUAUGAUUGUACUUGUCCUGUAUAUUCUAACCCUUUGUCUCUGUAGGGCCAAUGGGUCGUGGCGGGUUCGGAGGCGGUAGAGGUGGUGGUGGUUUCUCUGGCGACAACGGUGGCCAUGGCAAUGGAGGACAGCAGAGAGCUGGAGACUGGAAGUGUUCCAACCCGUAAGUCAGGGCUGAGGUGUAUAUUUUGGGGGCGAGGAUUGGGGUGAGCCGCUAGUUAUCAUGGUGUGUGUCUGAGAUUCUCUGUCUCAUUCCUUUCAGGGUGUGUGGGAACCUGAACUUUUCGUGGAGGAACGAGUGUAACCAGUGCAAGUCCUCCAAACCAGAGGGGGCCGAAGGUGGCAUGUCUCCUAUGGAUGGAGGCGGUAAGGCUGAAACCAAUGUUCUGCACUGGCUUUUAGACUUCAGCCUAAUGUUUUAGUCUUUAGUCUAGCAUUUUAGCCUUUAGGCCAGCAUUUUAGCCUAGUUUUUUAGCUCAGUGGCUGACUACUGCUCAGUGGCAACUUUGUUGUUAACUCGACUGAUACAUGCUCACACAAAGGGAGCAGCUUAAUGGCUACAGGAAGUCUGUGUACAGAUAAUGAUUUGCUUAUGUGCUAACAAAGACUAAUGGAGGAGGUGUAAACUGCCUUUUAUACUAGGCUAUGUUAGCCUAGUGGCCAUGAAACUGGAUGCAGCCCGUAGCUCUGUGUUAACUUGUUUUAAUGAAAUGUUCCCCCUUUUUUUUCUGUCCCUCUAUCUAUCUCUCUGUAUUUCUGUCUGUCAGGAGGUUUCGGUGGAGACAGAGGGGGUCGUGGGGGUUUUGACCGCGGGGGAUUCCGGGGCCGAGGGGGUGACAGAGGUGGGUUCCGAGGCGGACGCGGAGGCGACCGGGGUGGAUUCGGACCGGGCAAGAUGGAUGGAAGGUAAGAAGGUGCACGUGUCCCAAGAUUGUACACACACUAUGAUUUAUUAAUAUAUACAAAAGUAUGUGGACACCCCUUCAAAUUAGUGGAUUCGGCUAUUUCAGCCACACCUGUUGCUGACAGGUCUAAAAUCAAGCACACAGCCAUGCAAUCUCCAUAGUCUAACAUUGGCAGUAGAAUGGCCUUACUGAAGAGCUCAGUGACUUUCAAUGUGGCACCGUCAUAGGAUGCCACCUUUCCAACAAGUCAGUUCGUCAAAUUUCUGCCCUGCUAGAGCUGCCCCGGUCAACUGUAAGUGCUGUUAUUGUGAAGUGGAAACGUCUAGGAGCAACAACAGCUCAGCUGCGAAGUGGUAGGCCACACAAGCUCAAAGAACGGGACCGCCGAGUGCUGAAGUGUAUAGCGCGUAAAAAUCGUCUGUCCCCGGUUGCAACACUCACUACCGAGUUCCAAACUGCCUCUGGAAGCAACGUCAGCACAAUAACUGUUAGUCGGGAGCUUCAUGAAAUGGGUUUCCAUGGCCGAGCAGCCGCACACAAGCCUAAGAUCACCAUGCGCAAUGCCAAGCGUCGGCUGGAGUGGUGUAAAGCUUGCGCCAUUGGACUCUGGAGCAGUGGAAACGCAUUCUCUGGAGUGAUGAAUCACACUUCACCAUUUGGCAGUCCGACGGACGAAUAUGGGUUUGGUGGAUGCCAGGAGAAUGCUACCUGCCACAAUGCAUAGUGCCAACUGUAAAGUUUGGUGGAGGAGGAAUAAUGUCCGCGGCUGUUUUUCAUGGUUUGCGCUAGGCCCCUUAGUCCCAGUGAAGGGAAAUCUUAACGCUCAGCAUACAAUGACAUUCUUGACGAUUCUGUUCUUCCAACUUUGUGGCAACAGUUUGGGGGAAGGCCUUUUCCCGUUUUAGCAUGACAAUGCCCCCGUGCACAAAGCGAGGUCCAUACAGAAAUGGUUUGUCGAGAUUGGUGUGGUAGAACUUGAUUGGCCUGCACGGAGCCCUGACCUCAACCCCAUCGAACACCUUUGAGAUGAAUUGGAACGCCGGCUGCGAGCCAGGCCUAAUCGCCCAACCUCACCUAAUGCUCUAUAGCUGAAUGUAAGCAAGUCCCCAAUAUUCCAACAUCUAGUGGAAAGCCUUCCCAGAAGUGGAGGCUGUUAUAGCAGCAAAGGGGUGACCAACUCCAUAUGAAUGCCUGUGAUUUUGGAAUGAGAUGUUCGACGAGCAGGUGUCCACAUACUUUUUGUAUUUGCGUACAAACACUCAGGUCCAUACACAACAUACAAAUACCAGACUCUCACUCAAGUACACACCACUCCAUUGUUUUUACGCAUCUCACACACAACACAUUUCAGAAUACCCUACAAUUGGACACAUUAGUGCACGUGUCAAACUCAUUCCAUGGAGGGCUGAGUGUCUGCAGGUUUUUGCUCCUCCCUUGUACUUGAUUGAUGAAUUAAGGUCACUAAUUAGUAAAGGACGCCCCUCAACUGGUUGUCUAGGUCUUAAUUGAAAAGAAAAACCAAAAACCCGCAGACAAUAGGCCCUCCAUGGAAUGAGUUUGACACCGCUGCACUAGUGUCUUUGGUAAAUGACCUCUUCCAAGAAGAAUGUGCGUGUUUUUAUAGUUUUUGUAUUUUUGUUUCCUGUGCUCCUGCCUUGAUUGAUGUAGUUGUGUCACUAACUCCUUAUUGUGUAAUUUGUAUUGCUUGCUGCUUUGUAAUGCAGGGCCGCCUUGCAAAAGAGACCUUGGUCUCAAUUGGAGUUCUCCUGCUUAAAUAAAGAAAUAAAAACAAUGUAAUUGUAAACAAGCACAGUAUAGCCUCAAAACAUGGUUAAAACUAGAAUGUUGAUAUUAUAUCCUUGUAGCCAUAGCAUUGUCUGUGAAUUUGAGUGAUUACAUUUCUCCAGCCCCAUCCCUUCGAUUUUUACCAAAACAGUGGCGGGGGUCCCCUUUGUUAUUUUUUUUAACUGCAGGUUUUUUAAACUCCUUUUAACAAUGUGACAAAUAUCUUUCUGUUGUAGGGGUGAACACAGACAGGACCGCAGAGACAGGCCCUACUAG